AUGCCUAUUCAAUGCGCUACUUCAUUUCAACGUUUGUUACUGUUCUCAUACAACUAUAAAACCAGAGAAUACCGUCAAAGUAAAUGGAUAUUAAAAGAUGGGCACUUUCAUUUCCUACACUAUGAUCCUUUACGUAAACGUCUCUUUGGAUUACGAGACGUUUCUACAUUUACUUUGUUUAUCGAAGAGUAUGAUACGGUAACUUUAGACGUUGUUAAAGUUUAUACAAAACAAGAUGGUGAGAAAUAUACAUUUCCAUUUGCUUGGUGUUCCUGUUUUGAUUAUAAUGAAAACUGGAUUAUUCAAGUGCGUACACGUUUUGACAAUCCAAGUGUAAAUGCAUAUUGGAUUAAAAUGGAUUUAAAUUUAGUUGGAGUGAAAGAAGAUAUCGUCACAGAUUUUCAUCUGAUGCCAGAUGUACAUAAUUUCUUAACGAUGACAUAUGAUAUUGAGAAGACAAAAUUGGUUUUGUGUACAUGGCAACAUGGUUCAAUUGAAUUGAGUCUUUUUAUGUUUCAUCUGGAUCCAUAUCAAAGUGGAAAAUUUCCAUAUAAAAAUGAAUCACUAGUUAUGUUAUUUAAAACAAAGCAGGGAGAAGAUAUAGAGGUCACAAAAGAUGUAUGGAAUCCAGUGAAACGGGAAGUGUUGUUUAUGAUACAAACUCGGAAUGAUGAAACUUUUGAGACGACAAAUUAUAUGUUAAGGGUACAAUUUGAUACGUUGGUAAUAAUGGAGAAGACAGUAUUGACAAAUGAACAAUUGCCAUUAUUUGAAUUAUGGGAAUAUUUUUAUUUACCUGACAAUUAA